AUGGCAUCACCUGGCAACGAGUCCGACCGUCAACAGGAGACUUUCAAAACUCAGCUGGACCAUGCGGCAGCGGACCAGCGAGAGCGAGACCAGGAUCCAAAGCCGAACCCAAUCGUGGAAAAGAGUGCGCAACAUGUUCCCAGACAACCUCCUAGUUGGCAAGGUUACCUAACAACAAGCGUAGUCACCGAGUUCAUCCCAGCCGCAGGCAAGGUGCUCGCGCCCAGGAAGAAGCCCGGAGAAGAUAAUCAGUCCGAGAUACCUGGCCCGCCAGACAGACCUCGUCAUGACGGCAAAAUAGAGGAAUUUGUUCGAGACCAGCAUCGGAGCAAGGUGCCGGGUGGCGAUUCAAAGCAGUAG